AUGGAAGCGCGGAGAAGAUCAUCGUCGGCAGGAAGCUGCAAUAAACACCCGAAACACAGGCAAUCACCUGGAAUUUGCUCCUUGUGUUUAAGAGAAAGAUUAUCGAAGAUAUCAGGCCCUUCAUCAGGCGCCGUCAUAAACGUUUCUUCAUCAUCUUCUUCAUCUUCUAUCUCAUCGGUAUCUUCUGCUUAUUCUUCACAUGCCUCUUCUUACACUGCAUCUCCCAUGCAAAGCUAUCGAAAUCGACGACAGAUCGGUAAUUUGGAAGGAAACGGGUAUCUUCAUUUCUUGAGGAAGAACACUAAUGGUUUGUUAAAGAAGAGUAGAUCAGUGGCUUUUGUUAGUGAUCAAACCAAUGUUAUGCAAGAUCAUGAGAAGAAGGUUGGGUUUUGGUCAAAAUUGAUGGGAACAAAAAGGAAUUCUUCGAGAAUGAUGCAUUCAAGAACAUUGAGAGAAACGUUUCAUUCUUGA